GACAAAAAAUUGCUUCUUACCGAGGGCACGAAUCCUCUGCUUUUCACUGCAAAACAAUUUCCCUACACUCCUCCUUCGAUGCGAAAUCCACCUCCAUGUGUUUCCACGAUUCUUAACGUACACCAAUCUCCAUGGUCUCUCUCAAGAUCUCAUUCCUUUUUCGAAGAAGAACCCUUCUUGGACUUUCUCUUUCCUUGCGUACCCUCUUGUCUUUUUACAGUUUCUUAGCAGUAAAAUAUAAACAAACAGGUCUUUGACUUUGCUGCUGCAUUUGGAAUAUAAAGCGAAAACGAUCUCCAGCAAUUUUAAAUUAUGAAGAUUUCUCGUUGGAUUUUGUUUUACUGGCUUUUUCUUUGCGUUUUCGCAUCCGGGUCUCUCUCAAUUGACAAUUUUAACCGAGCGUUUCCUAUCAUUGAACCUGAUCCUAAUCACACGAAACUUCAUCUUGCAAGUGAAGGAUUGGAAGCUAUCAAACGAAUAACGAACCCUAUUGCUGCUGUUGCUGUAAUCGGUCCAUAUCGCUCUGGAAAAUCUUUUCUGCUCAAUCAGCUUCUUUCACUUUCUUGUUAUGAAGGUUUUGGUGUUGGACAUAUGCGUGACACAAAGACCAAAGGGAUUUGGGUUUGGGGAACCCCGGUUGAAUUGGAUAUCAACGGAGUAAAAACUUCUGUGUUUUACCUUGAUACAGAGGGAUUUGAAAGUAUUGGGAAGUCAAAUGUCUAUGAUGAUCGGAUUUUUGCUCUGGCAACUGUUCUGAGCUCUGUGCUUAUAUAUAAUCUGCCUGAGACGAUCCGAGAAGCUGACAUAUCUCGUCUGUCAUUUGCUGUCGAGCUUGCUGAAGAAUUUUAUGGAAGGUCUGCAGGCCAAGAUGUUGCAUUUGAACCUGCAAAACUUUUGUGGCUUAUCCAGCGUGAUUUUCUACAAGGGAAGUCAGUGCAAGAAAUGGUGAAUGAAGCCCUCCAACACGUUCCUAACAAUGAUGGGGACAGAAAUAUUGACCAGGUUAAUCAGAUCCGAGACUCGUUGGCUAUCAUGGGUGAUAACAGCACUGCCUUCAGCUUGCCACAACCUCAUCUCCUGCGAACAAAGCUUUGUGACAUGAAGGAUGGUGAGCUUGAUCUUGUGUAUGUUAAGAAGAGAGAUCAGUUAAAAGAACUUGUUGCUAGCAUUAUUCGUCCAAAGAUUGUGCAGGGUAGAACUCUAAAUGGAAAGGAGUUUGUAGCUUUCUUGGAGCAGAUACUCGAAGCCUUGAAUAAAGGGGAGAUCCCAUCAACAGGCUCUUUGGUGGAGGUUUUCAAUAAGGGUAUUCUUGAGCGAUGUUUGAAGCUAUACAGUGAAAUGAUGGCAAAGUUACCCUUACCACUUUCUGAGAAAUCUCUGCAAAAUGUCCAUGAAAACUCUAAAGGGGAAGCAAUGAAAUCUUUUGAUGAACAACAUUUUGGCCGUCAUCAUGCAAAGAGAUCUGUCAUGCAGCUGGAUGAAGAAAUAGAGAAGGUUUAUAAGAAUUUCGUAAUGGCAAAUGAAUAUCAAUCAGCAAAGCUCUGUGAGGCACUUUAUUCUAGAUGUGAGGACAGAAUGGACCAGCUUCAGGUUCUCAGACUUCCUUCCAUGGCAAAAUUCAAUGCAGGCUUCCUGCAAUGCAACCAAAAUUUUGAGCAGGAGUGUGUUGGACCUUCAAAGGCAAAUUACGAGCUUCGCAUGAUGAAGAUGAUGGGGAAAUCAAAAUCUUCAUUUAUAAAUGAAUACAACCACAGGCUCUUCAAUUGGUUGGUGGUGUUCUCCCUUGUCAUGGUGGUAGUGGGCCGCUUUAUUAUAAAGUUUAUUUUGAUAGAAAUUGGUGCGUGGAUACUUUUUAUCUUCCUAGAGACCUACACGAGGAUGUUUUGGUCUGUGGAGUCUCUCUAUUACAACCCAGUUUGGCAUUUUAUUGUCGCAACCUGGGAAACACUUGUUUACAGCCCUUUUCUUGAUUUGGACAGAUGGGCAAUUCCACUUGGUUUGGUGGCAGCAAUUUUGGUGGUAUAUUGGCGGUGUUAUGGUAGAAGGAAACAUGGGUCACAGAGGCUGUUACCCUUGUACAAUAAUCCUAAAGGGGGUACUCAUAGGCCGAGAACAGACUAAGCCCGGUUUAUUUUAAUGCAUUUCAAAAUGAAAAAUACUUUGAAAAGAAAUCGCCAACAUCAUACUUAACGGACUCUAAAUGAAUUGCGAUCUGGUGCCUUAGAUUGGCAUAAUCUUGCUCCAAUCAUUUUGGGUGAGCUUUUCUUUUUUCACAUACAAAGCCCCCCAUUCUUCAUCUUGUUUUUCUCUUUUUUGGUUACUGAAAACAUUUGAUCUCAAGAUUGUGACGAGUCUGAUGAUGAAAUGAGGUUUGCAUGGUUGUGCACUCGUAUCAUUUCUUGCACCAUUGUUUCCAGGCCAUUUACUUUCUUGUGAUCUGUUCGUCUCUUCAAUUGUCUGUUAUAUCACAGGUGUAGUUUCUAUAUACAAAUGCUGGAAAAGUAUAGCCCUAUGAGCCAUAGAUGGUCAUUUCAAUUAGAUACUGCAUUACUGACUGUACAGCCACAAUACAACUCGUUUGCACUGAAAAGAAGAAGAAAGCUGCUGUUCUAUUUUCGUUCUUAAUGGCCGUUUUAUAUUCAAGUCCAGACAAUUCGUCGAAGCAAAUUAUCCAAGUGCUCAGGAUGCUUCUUGGACACAAAAGUAUACUGUAUGGUACAAGAAUUUUAUGUUACUGCGCCUCACUGUGAAGUCUCAUAGUCGGAGCAUAAGUUAAUUAUGACAGAGAAGACAUAUCUCGCCCCCCUUUCAUUCACUGUGAUAUUUAUGUUCUAGUUCCCGUUUCUUCAAUCAAAUAUUUUAUUUUUUCUACCUGUUUUUUAUAUUUUAAGACGCCAAAUAAACGCAACCCAAGUUUAUCAGAUUAUUUUUAUCGAUUAGUUCUCUUA